AACCUCACUUUUCCCUCGCUUUUUAGAAAUAUUACAAAUUAAAUGUUUUACGAAAGCUUUUUUCUGCCGCCUUUUUCCGCGACAAACGCCGACUAACGGCUAGUGUCGGCUGGCGACGACUGUGCAAUUGACUGCGGCUUUGUCUAUUUUCUUUCCCGCGCGCGCCAGAAACGAAACGGGAAAGCUAAACAUGGAUCUUGGUGGCGUGGAGUCGGUACUAGCUCAAAAUCCAUGCCGAGAAAGGCAGGUGGAGGCAAUUCUAACAGCGAUGGGUCACCCGCUCGGCGGACCGUGCCAAUGCAUCUUUGUCUACGGCCACGCGUCCACCGGCAAGACACGCACCGUGCAGAGUAUCAUGAAAACACUGAACUUGCAGCAUGCCUUUGUGAGUGGUCUGGAGGCCUACACUCCCCGGCUGCUAUUCAGUGCUGUGCUGAGCCAGCUGAUUGGUAGCACUGAUGCCUGUGACAAUUUGUGUGACUUCGUCAGACACCUUGGAGAGGGACUGCCAGAUGCACGUCCUGCCUACAUUGUUGUGGACCAGGCUGAGCGACUACGCGGCCAAGGUCUGCUGGGCGCACUGGCACGCCUGCGAGAACUGUCCGGGCGGCCUUUGUGCUGCAUACUGCUCUCUCGUGUUCCCUGGGAAAAGUUCCGGGAGGCGGGAGUCAGUUCACCUUACCGUGUCCACUUCCCGCAAUACACUGCUUCGGAGCUCAGCCAGCUGUUGGGUGGCGAUACAUUGCUGCCCACGGUGCUGGGAGGAACCACCCUCAGUCUGAGGGAAAUGCAACAUGCUGCAAUAGGCAUUGGCACUACCCCAGAAGGCGAAGGUGGUGCCUCCUGGCGGAAAGAGGUGGCAUCGCGCCUCCGUCAGCGUCUCCAGUCUGUCUACCUUCGAGAGAGCAGUGGAAGCCAGCAGGCUGUUCGAAUCGAGUUGCCAUUCCAUGCACGGUUCUUGCUGCUCGCUGCUUACCUGGCUUCGUACAACCCUCCUGGCACAGACCGCAAGUUCUUUGUCAAG